AUUGACAACAUAGGCACGAAGUACAAGGCCCUUAUUCCGUCAAAAACACUCUUUUCGGUCAUGUCUCAGUAUGCUCUUAAAAGGUUAGCAGCAAACAUACAAAAAUUCAAAGGAGCAGUGAAUUACCAGCCACUUUCGCGAAGCCCCGUUCUUCUGAAAACCUUUGAAAGGUAUUCAUCGGAUGGUGUGAAGGACAACGUGAAUAAACAGAAGUUUGACGAGUCUAUACUCGAGUUCCUCGUAUGCCCUCUAUCAAAGAAACCUUUGAGAUAUCAAGAACAAACUAAUGAACUGAUCAACGAGGAACUUGGCAUCGCCUACCCUAUCAUUGAUGGAAUUCCCAAUAUGAUUCCACAGGACGCGAGACUGAUUCAAAAGACGAAAGACGCGCCUGAAGAAACGACUCAGUCUUGAGGAAAAUCUCAAAUA